AGGAGGGCAGGAGGGCCGGGCGCGCCAUGGCGGUGCCGUCGCGCUGAGGUACCCCGCCAUGGCCGGGGCCAUCGCGUCCCGCAUGAGCUUCAGCUCGCUCAAGAGGAAGCAGCCCAAGACGUUCACCGUGCGCAUCGCCACCAUGGACGCCGAGAUGGAGUUCAGCUGCGAGGUGAAGUGGAAAGGGAAGGACCUGUUUGAUCUGGUGUGCAGGACACUUGGGCUCCGGGAAACCUGGUUCUUUGGGCUUCAGUACACUAUCAAGGAUACGGUGGCUUGGCUCAAAAUGGACAAGAAGGUUCUGGAUCAUGAUGUCCCAACAGAGGAGCCCGUCACCUUUCACUUCCUGGCCAAAUUUUAUCCUGAGAAUGCAGAGGAGGAGCUGGUCCAGGAAAUCACACAGCACUUGUUCUUCCUGCAGGUGAAGAAGCAGAUUUUGGAUGAGAAGAUCUACUGUCCUCCUGAAGCCUCCGUCCUGCUGGCCUCAUACGCCGUCCAAGCCAAGUACGGCGAUUAUGAUCCCAACGUGCACAAGCGAGGCUUCCUGGCACAAGAGGAGCUGCUCCCAAAGCGGGUGAUAAACCUGUACCAGAUGACUCCAGAGAUGUGGGAGGAGAGGAUAACAGCCUGGUAUGCAGAGCACCGGGGCAGAGCAAGGGAUGAAGCUGAAAUGGAGUAUUUGAAGAUAGCUCAGGACUUGGAGAUGUAUGGAGUGAACUAUUUUGCUAUUAGGAACAAAAAGGGCACCGAGCUGCUCCUUGGAGUGGAUGCCUUGGGUCUGCACAUUUAUGACCCAGACAACAGGUUGACCCCUAAAAUCUCCUUCCCAUGGAACGAGAUCCGCAAUAUCUCAUACAGCGAUAAAGAGUUUACCAUUAAGCCAUUGGACAAAAAGAUUGAUGUUUUUAAAUUCAAUUCAUCAAAGCUGCGUGUGAAUAAGCUGAUUCUUCAGCUGUGUAUUGGAAACCACGACCUCUUCAUGAGGAGGAGGAAGGCAGACUCGUUGGAGGUCCAGCAGAUGAAAGCACAGGCCAGGGAGGAGAAAGCCAGGAAGCAGAUGGAACGGCAGCGCCUGGCCCGAGAGAAGCAAAUGAGGGAAGAGGCUGAAAGGAAAAGGGAUGAGCUGGAGAGAAGGUUGAUGCAGUUAAAGGAAGAGGCAACAAUGGCCAAUGAGGCUCUGAUGAGGUCUGAAGAGACAGCAGACCUGCUGGCUGAGAAGGCGCAGAUCACAGAGGAGGAGGCCAAGCUCCUGGCUCAGAAGGCAGCCGAGGCUGAGCAGGAGAUGCAGCGGAUCAAAGCCACGGCCAUCCGGACGGAGGAGGAGAAGCGGCUGAUGGAGCAGAAGGUGCUGGAGGCAGAGAUGUUGGCACUGAAAAUGGCUGAGGAGUCGGAGAGGAGGGCGAAGGAGGCUGAUCAGCUGAAGCAGGAUCUUCAGGAGGCCCGUGAGUCUGAGCGGAGAGCAAAGCAGAAGCUUUUGGAGAUCACCAGCAAAUCGUCCUACACACAGUCUAUGAACUCAAGUACAACAGCACUGCCUACUGACCUGCCAAGCUUCAACCUCAUCAGUGAGAGCCUGUCUUUUGACUUCAAGGAUACUGACAUGAAGAGGCUUUCGAUGGAAAUAGAGAAAGAGAAGGUGGAGUACAUGGAGAAGAGCAAACACCUCCAGGAGCAGCUGAACGAGCUGAAGACUGAAAUUGAGGCACUGAAGCUAAAGGAGAGGGAGACAGCUCUGGAUAUAUUGCACAACGAGAACGCCAGCCGGGGCAACAGCAAGCACAACACUAUCAAAAAGCCUCAAGCCCAGGGCAGAAGACCUAUCUGCAUUUGAGACUUCCAAGUAGGUUAUUCCAAGCUCACCCUACAGAGCACCAAGUCCCGGGUGGCCUUCUUCGAGGAGCUGUAGGGAGCGAUCCAUGCUCCGCACCGCUGCUGCCACCGGCAAUUCCCUUGGGAUCGAGGUCCCAGCUGGGGCUGGGAGCUGGGCAUCCCGCCCGAGGCACACCGACGGACACAGGGCCUGCUGCCCCCGGACUGUGCGAUGGUCUCUGCCUUAGCAUCCAGACAUCUCCCUCUUUUUCCCUUUCUUUCCAGCUUUUUCCUUAUUUUCCCAGUGUAGUCCUUUGGCUCAGCCCCCCUCCGGCUUUCCCCCAGUGCUGGGGCCGUGCCCCGCUGCCAUCCUGCCGAUGGGGAUCCCAUCCCUCCGGCUGCCUUCUCCCGGUGCCUGGAGCUCCAUUAGGAACCCAGAGCAUGUCCGAGUGGAGUGCUGUAAAUCAGGGCUGGCGCAGGCGGAGCGGGGCCGCGAUCCAUGGGGAUGCUGCUUCCCUGGGGAGCGGAGGCAGUGGCAGGAGGAGGGGGUGAAGGUCCCCUCCUCAUCCUCCUCCAUCCUGAAGGGUUUGGAGCCGGAGAGCAGCCGGUGCCAACCACACGGAGCCUCCUUUGUCCUGCAGACUGUGAUGGAGCCAGGGCUGCCUGCCCCUGCCUGUCCUCACACGGGUGCCUUUGCCCACAGCUCUGCCCUCCCGGCAGCAGCAGAACGGGGAUGCUCUGACCUUUCCUUCAUGGCUCUGUCCCAAUCCCCGCUCGGGGGACACCUCCCUUCCCACUGGGAUUCACCCCAGGACCCCAGUUCCCCGCUCCCACAACUCCUGACCUCCGGCUGCACCGGGAUGGCCGGAGGGAACGCUCCUUAUUUAAACCCACACUGCCGGGGAUGGAAUUCCGGCUCGUGGUUGCGAUCCGGAUGGCUGUGGCCUGGCACCGGCCGCAUUCCCAUUGCCCUGGACUCGUCCUCGGAAGGAAUAACCGUUUUCCCCUGGUUUUAAUAAAGAUCCAAAGCACUAAA